GUGUCUUUAGAGUUAGAAGAAAGACGGAAUCCGUGGUGUAAUUGUUGAGUACCCUAUAUAAGUUGUGGUGGCAAGGGGGCAAAUAAGUGCAAAUAACUUUGCUACUUUAUCCUAAUCCUUAUUAUCUCGAGAGAAAUAUAGACUAUCCAGAAACGAAACUAACCAUUGCGCCACUUAUGGUUGAACAUCGAAAGGGUAGCCUAUCGAAUGAGUAUGGUACAAUGUAGCUUAUUGGGAUUCAAUAUCAAACGUUUUUAGCCUACAUGUGGGGAUUCCCCAUAUGAAAGGGUGCCCCCAGUUUACAUGCAAAAACAUGUGGCUGGUCAGCAUGUGGCUGGUCUGGUGUCAUCGUUACAGCAGUUGUAGGGGGUGGGGAGGCGUGUGACACUUGAGAAAGGAAACCACUUUCGUCAUGACAAUUGCUUCACUUGUUAUCAUGAGACAACUUGAUGGGUGCAAACUUGUUCAUAAGGCCUAGGUUAACACUGCUACUUUCAUUCAGCGUUGAAACGACGAGCUGUCCAGUCUGCAGCGUCAUUCAACAGUGACACGGGAUGACUUAUCUUUCAGAGUCAGGAAUGGCUGUGGACGUGGACGUCGUCUUCGAGUUGAACUCAACAUAUGAAGACCACUUGGACUUCAAAAACGUGAUUUGUGUGCCAGCGCGCGAAGCAGUUUUCAUCCCGGUUCUGUUCUCCGUGGCCUUGGUGCUGGGGUUGCUUGGAAACGGAUUGGUUUUGGCGGUCCUGUGGCAGAAGAGACGCAGCUGGAGUGUGACGGACACCUUUGUGCUCAAUCUAGCUGGGGCUGACGUUCUGCUGCUGGUCGCGAUGCCGUUUUGGGCCGUGGAUGCAACUAAAGCAUUAACGCUAUGUACCAACGCCUGUAAGGCAGUUGCUGUCUUCUUUAAGAUAAACAUCUAUUUGGGAAUGUUUCUGCUAGCCUGCCUCGGUGCUCAUCACCUACUGCGUGUGACGAAGAACUAUUCGAUGUACUCUCGCCAGAGGCUCUGGCUGCCGCACGCUACCUGUCUGGCAGCGUGGAUGGCGUCUAUUCUCCUCUCCAUCGUAGACUGGAUACAUCUCAAGUCCUCCGAGGACCCAGCGUAUCUGGGCAGGUCCUGGUGUCCCGUGGCCAUAUCCCGGUGUCGCACGGGUGGCGCUGUCUUCCUGGUGGUGGCCGCCAUAAUGGUGCUUGGCUACUCUGUGUUGCUGGUCCGACUGCCGAAGCUCCAAGGAGAGACAGAGUCCAAGAGGCGAAGGGCUGUCUGGCUCAUCCUGGCCCUGACGGUAGCCUUCUUCCUCAUGUGGUUGCCCUAUAACAUUGCCCUAGUGGUGGACCCUGAAGGGGCUGGCGCCGAUGACUGCCAGGACGCCCAUCGGACGGCCACGGAGAUGAUCCUGAUCGCCACUGCGGCCAUCGGCUGCUUGCAGUGCUUCGUCAAACCCUUCCUCUACUUGGGCCUGGCCAGUGUGUUCCGCACGCGCACGCUGGCGUUGGUGAGGUGCCAUAGCAACGCGCGGAGCAAUCAUAAGAUUUCAAUGUGGGACUCAGGGGGUGAGGAAGAGGAAGAUGAAGAUGACGCUCCCGAAAAGACCUCAUUGUCCCAAAGAAAAUGUUAGACCCAAGACCCUUAGACUUAACAGAGGGACACUGGGUGCCUUAUUGGAAAUGGACUUCAGCGCAGCUCUCUAUAUUAACAUAAAGUAUCGACGUAUGCCCAGGUAUAUUAUACAGAUGUAUUACUUGCAAGGGAUUGUGGGAUAGAGGGUGCUUAUCAGUUGUUGAAUGUUAUUCUAGGUAGAGUUUUUGCAGGUGAAAUGUCCCGUCUCAUUAGUUCCGUAUUGCUCUUUUGCAAUCAGCCCUGUGGCUUGUCUGUGUUUGAGCUGUCGUGUAAACAAACAUACCACAACACGUGAAUAUGAGGAAGCAUAACGACCACGGUCUUCUGGGCUAUCUGGCACUUUGUUACUGCCUGCAACGCACCCCUAUAGGACAGUGGCUUUUCACACCGGAUGCACACAUCAAGCGGUCACAUAUCAGUUAUUGUUACAGUUAAUGUAAUGGUCAGUGGAGGCUGUUCAUUUUUAAGUUAUUUAUAAGGCUAAUGUUACCGCACAGUCAAAGGGUUUCCUUUUGGGCUGUUCUGAGUUGCAGCUGGUAUAUAGAGUUAACGUCUAUACCACACAGCUUCUGGUUUGUCUUUUUUAGUGUUAUAUCUAUUCUCUGUAUCUAUACGCAUAUUAUUCACCAAUGAAUGUGAAACUCCACACCUCUGUCUCAAAAGAAGUGCUUCGGUUUUGUUCUUUCUGUCAAUACCAGUUAAGAAUGUUCGAUGAGAUAGUAACUAAAGUUCUUAUUAUAUAUUAAGUUCUUAUUAUCAUCUCUGCCCAACACUGUAUGCUUUUAUGGACAUUUUAAAUCUUUAGUUUGAACUCAGUGCCUUAUGUUUGACUGAGCGAAUCAGGUAAAUUAGUAUGUUUAUAGUUUAUUAAAAGGUGGACCAGCAUAUAAGGUUAGAUUUGUUUCACUUUCACACUGAGAAGACUUGAGUUUGCCCAGUUGUUCUCAUCCCAUGCUGCUGACUUGCAGUUUAUAAGCUGUUGGAAACUCCAAGUCAAUCACGUACACCCCCACAUGGACACAAUCACAGCUGGAAUUUCCUCCCUCUUCGGAGCUGACAACACAUAGAAAAUACCCAGCUGGACUUUUUAACUGAAGACUCUUCAGUCACAUUACUUCAGAGUACUGGAGCCUCCCCCUCCCCCAGCUCUGUUCUCUGUUUGUCUUGCAAUGUCAUUAUUUAACCUCUGGCGCAACAAGCGACUUCAUGGAGCCAAGGAGUGAAGGGGAGGACUCUCACUUCCCUCGGUUUCUCAGGCCAGGCUCUUCUCAUGCUCUGCCAAUAGUCUUCUAUCUCAAUGCCCCUCUGAUUGGUCAGCGGAGCACUGUGGCUCUCUUUGUGUGGAGCUCUCCUGAGUAGGAGGACGAGGAGGAGGAGGAGAGAGGAGAGAGGAGAGAACAUCCAAGGGGGUGUUGGGGAAGAAAGAGAGGGUGUGUGUGACUCAUCAGCCACCUGAUCUCUCAUGUGUUUGUCAUCCUUGUUGUUGUGGUCAUUCAUGCUCAGAUGUGACUCCCACGGACCUAAUGGGAUCAGUUGGCAACUUGUGAAAGUACGGGAACACGUCUCUGGAGCCAUACUGUUUCACUGAUCCUGUUCAAUGCCACUUGGUGAAAACCAUGACCACUACGUUUUUGUGCCAUACUGUUACACAUAUAUAACACGGUUACAGAAUAUCCCACUGUAUAUGUAAAUGUUAUAAAAUGUGUUGCUUCAAAAACAACAAAAAAUAAUUAAAUGAACGUAUUGACAUUG